AAUAUUCCUGAAACCAUGUCAUCUGCUCGUUUGUACCUCCUUGCAGCUCUUCUCUCACUCUUGUUAUUCAACUUUCAUGGAAGCAAAGCCCACUUUGUACCCUCAACAAAUUGCCCCAUAUACAAUUGCGGUAAGGAUCUGAAGUUUCACUACCCUUUUUGGAAAAUUGAAGACUCCACCGCCGGUCAAUAUUGUGGUUACCCUGGUUUUGGUCUCAAUUGCUCAGAGUCCGGAGAGCCAAUACUCAGUCUCCCAAAUAAUGACUCCUACCAUGUGAAAGACAUAAACUUUAUUGAUUCCACCAUCACCCUUGUUGACAUCGACGUCUUCGAUCAACAAUGCCCUAGGGCAAGACACAGUAUUAGUGUAGGCACGCUCCCAUUGGAUUACUCCCCAUUGGAUGUGAACCUGAGCUUCUACUUUAACUGCACUUCCUUUCCUGAUCCUGUUGUGCCUCCCAUAAUCUGCUUGGGAAUAUGGGGUACCAAAAUGUCUUAUGUUUUCACGGAGGGAGAGCAAUCAGAUGGGUUUGAAUGGUCUGAAAGUUGUGAGGAGAAUGUGGUGGUGACUGUGAUGAAGAGUAAGAAGCUUUAUAUUGAUAAGUUGAUUGGUGCUUUUGGAGGACUUAUGAACCAGGGGUUUGUGCUUAACUGGACCACGGCGAAGGAGUGCGCUUCGUGUGAGAGUGGUGGUGGUUUGUGUGGGUACAACCCCACUAAAGCUGAUGAGUUUCUCUGCUUCUGCAAAUAUAGUGAUGGCCUAUGCGAGAAGAAAGGCACUAGGUUCAACUGGAGAUUGAAGGUUGUCAUAGGCGUAGUUGCUACUAUUGCAGGAACUGGUAUCCUAGUGUUUGUUAUUCUCUUCCGUGGGAUUUCACUGAUUAGGGAAAAUGACAAUGAAGAUGCCGAGGCCUUGACUCAGAACAUUGGACCUCUAGCAGUAAAAAGAUACAAAUUUUCGGAUGUAACGAAAAUGACCAACUCAUUUAAAGAUAAAAUAGGUCAAGGCGGUUAUGGUGACGUGUACGAAGGUAAGCUAUUGAAUGGUUGUCGUGUGGCUGUGAAGGUUCUGAAAGCAUCCAAAGGGAAUGGAGAGGUCUUUGUUAAUGAGGUUGCAAGCAUUAGUAGAACUUCCCACUUUGGUCUUUCUAAACUUUGUACAAGGAAGGAGAGCAUUAUUUCAAUGUUGGAUGCUAGAGGGACAAUAGGGUAUAUAGCUCCAGAAGUGUACUGCAGAAACUUUGGAAGAGUGUCUGCUAAGUCCGAUGUCUAUAGUUAUGGAAUGAUGAUUCUGGAGAUGGUCGGAGGAAGAAAGAAUGUUGAAGCUCUAGUAAGCCGCACCAGUGAAAUUUAUUUUCCAAAUUGGGUUUAUGAGCAUCUUGAGCAGGGCAGCAAUUUCGGGUUGCUCAAUGCAGAGACCGAAGAGGAAAAGGAAAUCGCGAGGAAGAUGAUCUUAGUGGGAUUGUGGUGCAUACAGACAAGGCCAUCUGAUAGGCCGUCCAUCACUAAAGUGAUUGAACUGUUGGAAGGAAGCAUUGAAGCCUUGCAAAUGCCACCAAAGCCAGUCCUAUCUUCUCCUGUGAGAUCACCACCAGAAUCUUCCACCUUAUCAACAUUAAGUUGAUAUCUUCUCUAGGUUACUGGAUGCAUAUUUGAUUAUUCACUACCUUGAUAUGUAAAGUGCAUU